UCCAAAUGGUUGGCCAUGGCCUAAGAAAAGCCGCCUACUCGCUAUCACACUGUCCGACUAGACCAUCUUGUCACUCCCAGGUCCCAUCCUUCGCUCUUCCUUUCCUUUCCUUCCUUCCUUCCUUCCUUCCCAAUCUUCACCCAACAACCUUGAAUCCAAUCUGAAAUCCAAAAGAAACCAACCCAGGUAGAAGAAAGAAACAACAAUCCCAUUCCUCCCUUUUGAUCCAUGUGAACUUUUGGUUUUCCCAUCGUGUCUGUUGUUCUUGUCUUGACCCUUUUCGGAUGUACUUAGGAUAUAAUCCAGUUAGAACACCAGGAGAUCUGUCUGUUUCUGUUCUUUGAUCAGCUUCUUGAAGAGUUUGCCUCACGGGUUCUGCUUCAAUGGGAGCUUGCUGGAGCAACAAAAUCAAGGCGGAGACUCCGUCUCAAACAGGUGUGAACUCAAAGAGUGCCGGUGAAGACGACCCGAGCGGCUCGAGUGCUAGCAAGAUCUCGUCGGGGCCUACUACUCCCCGAAGCGAGACCGAGAUCUUGCAGUCUUCCAAUCUAAAGAGCUUCAGCUUCAGCGAGCUGAAGGCCGCCACAAGGAACUUCCGCCCGGACACCGUACUUGGGGGUGGUGGCUUCGGCUCGGUGUUCAAGGGUUGGAUUGACGAGCAGUCGUUCGGGCCUACUAAGCCUGGGAUGGGCAUGAUGGUCGCAGUGAAGAAACUUAACCAGGAGGGGUUGCAAGGCCACAGGGAAUGGCUGGCGGAAAUCAACUACCUCGGACAGCUUCACCAUCCUAAUCUGGUGAGGCUGAUCGGAUUCUGUCUUGAGGACGAGCAGCGCCUCUUGGUCUACGAGUUUAUGACACGGGGAAGCGCCGAGAAUCAUCUAUUCAGGCGUGGAUCCUACUUCCAGCCCCUUUCCUGGAGUCUCCGAGUCAAAGUCGCUCUAGGGGCUGCAAGGGGACUUGCAUUUCUACACGACUCUGAACCCAAAGUUAUCUAUCGAGACUUCAAGACUUCAAACAUUUUGCUCGACUCUAAUUACAAUGCAAAACUUUCCGAUUUCGGUUUGGCCCGGGAUGGACCAACUGGUGAGAAGAGCCAUGUCUCUACUCGGGUUAUGGGAACCUAUGGAUAUGCCGCUCCGGAGUAUCUUGCCACUGGUCGAUUAACUGCCAAGAAUGACGUCUACAGCUUUGGGGUCGUCCUCCUGGAGAUGCUGUCAGGCAGACGGGUGAUCGAUAAGAAUAGGCCUCCAGGACAGCACGACCUCGUGGAGUGGGCCAAGCCCUACCUCACAAACAAAAGGAGGGUCCUCCAUGUAAUGGACACCCGUCUCCAAGGACAGUACUCUCUCAAUCAAGCCCAGAGGGCAGCCAAUCUAGCCCUCCAUUGCUUAGCUCCCGAAGGCAAGCUCAGGCCUAGCAUGGAUGAUGUAGUAAGGGAACUGGAGCAGCUAAGCACCUUCAACGACCAUAACAGUCACCAUCACCAACCAAAUGGUCGCCAAAGCUCAUGUUCAAGAUCUCAGAAGGAUGCUAAACCAGGGUUGCUUGCUUAUCCUAGGCCUUCUGCUUCCCCACUUUUUGCCUCGUCUGGAAUUACCAGAAUGUAGCUGUAGACAUUUUAUGGAUUGAGUGAUCGUUGAAUUUUUCCUACAUCGAAUUGUAUAGCUCCUCGUUUGGUCAAGACCUGCUGCAAUUUCAGCCCAAAGUCUUGCUCAGAUGGUUUAUACUUAUGCUAGAAACUGCGUUUCGGUAUUUUUCACGU